UCUUACUCACUCCAAGAGGAAGGAGAAAGCAAGACAGAGCUGAGCAAGCCUGGACGGGCCUGGGCUGGGAGAAGCUGCCUGACUAUAGAGAGCCAGCACAGGAGUCCAGCUGCUGGGAGUCAGAUACUCCUGAGGACUGCAGCCUGCUCCUUGACGUCCACCACACACCCACACGAAACCAGAAGCUGCCACUAUGACAAGGGACCAGAAUGGAACCUGGGAGAUGGAGAGUAAUGACAACUUUGAUGGCUACAUGAAGGCCCUAGAUAUUGAUUUUGCCACCCGCAAGAUUGCAGUACAUUUGACUCAGACAAAGAUCAUUGAUCAAGAUGGUGAUAAGUUCAAGACGAAAACCAACAGCACGUUCCGCAACUAUAACUUGGAUUUCACUGUUGGGGUGGAGUUUGACGAGCACACAAAGGGCCUAGACAACCGGCUCGUUAAGACACUGAUCGUCUGGGAAGGUGAUGUCCUUGUGGCUGUGCAAAAGGGAGAUAAAGAGAACCGCGGCUGGAGGCAGUGGGUUGAGGGGGACAAGCUGUACCUGGUUGCUAUGGAUCUUCAAGGAGCUGGAGGACAUCACAGCCCUGAAAAUCUGGGAGUGUUUACCAUGUGCCAGUGUGAGGAAUGUUAUUCAUUAGGACAGGACUGAAGGUUGCUUGCCUACCCAACCUACAUUUCUCCCCGGCUCCUUUUCCAGUAGAGCCUCACAUUUGUUCUGAGGUCUAUCCAUCUCCAGAGGAGAACCACACUAAUGGUCCAGGGUUCCCUACCUUGGCCCAGAAAGGAUGAAGAGAAAGACAUUUCAUGGUUGGGGGAGAGGUCUCUUGUGCUCUCCCCCACCCUCACCAGAAGGCAACUGUUCCCUGGCCGCCAUCCUGAGACUCUGAAGAAAGGCCCCUGAGGAGGAGGUCCACUGUAAGGAUGGCAGAGCCGAGACACAAGGAGAGCCAGCAUUCUUGAUGACAUCACUGAGCCACCAGUAGUC